CCUUUGCUUUUUUGGCAAACGCUCCUUCUAAUAAAUGGUGUAUUUCGUGUAUUUGGAGCACAUGUUAUCAAAAUUAAAUUAAAUGUGUAACGUAAAAGCAAUCCAGCAAACACACACGCGCAUUGCCAACGAACCAGCACUUGCGACUACAGGCCGCUGUGCCAAGCAACAGAAUUACCACGUCGCCAUCGUCGUAGCUUCCAUUUCCAUUAGCAAAUGUUAAUGCUGGUCCCACACCUGUGCCUGAUGUGUUUGUUGGCUUAGUGUUGUAUUGUUCGUAUUCUAGGCACUUCACACAAUGUACACACUACUGCACGGUUUCUACAAAUAUCUCACACAAAAGGAUGAGUACUGCGUUGUUAUUUUGGGUUUGGACAAUGCAGGCAAAACAACAUACCUGGAGGCGGCCAAAACAAAAUUCACCAAGAAUUACAAGGGCCUGAAUCCAACGAAAAUAACCACAACGGUUGGCCUCAACAUCGGCACGAUUGAUGUGCAGGGCGUGCGCCUAAAUUUCUGGGACUUGGGCGGUCAGCAGGAGUUGCAAUCGUUGUGGGACAAAUACUAUCAGGAGUCGCAUGGUGUUAUUUAUGUGAUAGACUCCAAUGACCGCGAACGCAUGGAGGAGUCCAAACUUAUUUUUGACAAAAUGAUAAAGAACGAACUGCUUUCCGGCGUGCCGCUUCUCAUAUUGGCUAACAAGCAGGAUUUGCCCGAUGUUAUGGGCGUGCGUGAGAUCAAGCCGGUGUUCCAGCAGGCGGGCGCAUUGAUAGGACGAAGGGAUUGUCUAACAAUACCCGUGUCGGCACUUAACGGCGAAGGCGUCGAUGAGGGCAUCAAAUGGUUGGUGGAGGCAAUCAAGCGACACGCACUUGUGCGACCGCCCCGUGAAAACGAUUGAGCCAACGAAUUCUGUUCCAGUUUAAGAGAUCCAGCAACGUGUACACCAGCUCCUCGGCUUUAAGUAGGAUAAUUUUGUAUAAAAUACAUAGACACACAUAUAUAUUUUUUAUUAAAGCAUAAUAAUAUGUAAAUACUAAUGUAACCACCA